CUACACCACCACCUGUCGCAAACAAACCACAAAAACACAACAUAGCACGAGAAAUCCAUCAAACCACAAUCCACUCUAUCAUUAUUUCUCUAUAAAAGAUUUGUUCAGUCCGCACCUCUGAUUCUCUCCCCUCCUCUCCUCCUCUAGUCUCAUGGCUUGCUAAUAACUCCUUAAGUACAAAAUACCGCAACCCUCUGGUUUCUACCCAAACCCUCUUCUCUUACCAGGUCGUCUUCAUGGAUAACACCUAUUCUUAUAAUUCAUACCCAGAUUCAGGCGACUCGUCGCCUAGAUCUCGUGAAAUCGAUUUUGACAACCCGACACCAUGGGAAGACCAAUCACAACAACCUCAAAGCUACAAAGCAAAGUUCAUGUGUAGUUAUGGAGGCAAGAUCCACCCACGUCCGCACGACAACCAGCUUGUUUACAUGGGUGGAGAGACCAAAAUCCUCGCUGCUGAUCGAAACAUCAAGUUCUCUGUCAUGAUAAGCAAACUCUCUGCGCUUUGUGGUGACACCGACGUGGCCUUCAAGUACCAGCUCCCAGGUGAAGAUCUUGACGCUUUAAUAUCUGUCACUAAUGAUGAUGAUCUUGAACACAUGAUGCAUGAGUAUGAUCGUCUCUAUCGUGCCACUGCUAAGCCCGCCCGCAUGAGGCUGUUUCUUUUCCCGGUUAACCCGUCACCUGCAAGUUUUGGCUCCGAUGGUGGCAGAUCGGAUCGGGAGCGCUUUGUUGAGGCUUUGAAUUCGGUUCCGAGUCAGGUUGUUGAAGCAGCCAAAACUGCAGCGAAUAACGUUGAUUUCUUAUUCGGGUUAGAUAAAGGAGCCCCGCCGCCGCCGCCUGUGAAAGUGCCGGAUUUGCCUGAAAUCCAUGCUGGGUCGGGUCAUGAUGAUCGGGUUAUUGGGUCGGAUCCUUUGAGUUUGCAGGCCCAGUUGCAGAGAAUGCAAAUUAGAGAACCUGAGCAGCAAGUUGGGUAUAAUAGAAAAAACAGCGAUGAAAAUCUGGUCGGUGGUUAUGCUGCUGCUGGCGGUGAUUAUUACAUGCAAAAAUUGCCUGAAAGAGCACCUCCUGCGAAUUUGCCUGUGACAAUGCCACAACAGGUGACCGCUUCACCAGGUUAUUGGUCCGAGAAACAGGCUGCCGGAGGCGGGUUUCCGGCAGGGAUGACCGUGACCACCUCACCGGGUCAAAUGGAGCAACCCGUUUAUGUGAUACAGGGUCCAGGUCCAGGGACUGUUUAUCAUGCACCUCCCGUAAUGCGACAGGUUACCGGACAAACCGGUCAGGGCUAUUACAUGCAAAGAAUGGGUGGUCCAGGUCACGGACCCGAUGUUUACCGAGAGCAGCCGGUAUAUAAUAUGGUCCCACAACAUCAACAGCCCCCACCACCAAUGGGUCAAAUGGGAGUUGUGAGGCCUAGUGGGCCGGGGGUAGCCAUGCAGGAUGCCGGAUACGCACAGAUGGCUUAUGAUAGACAGGUUUACUAUGCUGCGGCGGGUGGUGUGGUUCACCAGCAACAACAGCAACAACUGCAACCACCACUACAGUAUCAAGGGGUUGGUGGUGGUGUAGCAGUAAGUGGUGAAAUGAGACAUGGUGGUGGUGGCGGGCCAUUGGGUCCAGAAGCUAAGGUUGUUACAGCAAAGGUUCCACAGGCUUCUGUGUGAUUAUGGGUAAAUUAAAAAUGUUAAAUCAUGAUUACAUAUAAUAUUUAUAUUAUAAGAUAUUAUAGAUAUGUCCUUCCGAUUACAGUAAAUGUUGUUUUUUCAUGUCAAGAUAAAUGUUGGGGUUUUGUACACUGGUGGUGGAAAUGAAAUGAGUUUAUUAUCGCUA